AUGACUCAGUCGAAGCCAUCUUCCAAGCAUUGUCAAGGUAACCGGGAACAUAAGAUGAGGAAAUCUGUACGGGCGUCUGCUGCCGCCGAUUUCAAUACCAAGUCAGUCUUUCUGACUGGCGCAACGGGGGGACUUGGAAAAGCACUAGCACUUCAGCUUUCCGAAUGUGGUGUAAGGUCCUUAAUUUUGUCAGGACGGAGUGAAUUGGCGUUGGAAGGACUUGCCAAAGAAUGUCGUCAAGUUUCUAGCAACCCUAUAUUUGAAUUACACACAGUCGUUUGCGACUUGUCCGAUCCAGAGCAAGUAAAAAUGGCAGCAGCAAGAGUUUUGGAUCUUGCACAACCCACAGGGAUUGAAGUGCUUAUAAACAAUGGAGGGGUCUCUUCACGAUCGCGGUUCGUUGAUACGUUGCCCGAUGUUGAUCGGAAGGUUAUGCAGAUAAACUUUCUUGCAGGCGCUUAUUUUGCAAAAGCGGUGACACCCGCAAUGAUUCAAAAUGGGAGCGGUCAAAUCAUUUGGAUCAGUUCUGUCCAGGGUCUAGUCGGCAUUCCGAAUCGAAGUUCAUAUGCAGCUUCCAAAUUUGCGGUCCAAGGCUACUGCGAAAGUAUACGAGCAGAAUUGGCCUCCUCCGGAGUCUCCGUGCAUACCAUUUCGCCUGGAUAUAUAAGAACAAAUCUUUCCAAAUCCGCUAUCACUGGAGAUGGCGGAAAUCAUGGAAAGAUGGAUGAGACCACGGCGGCUGGUGCAGAUCCAUAUGACGUAGCGGUCCAAGUUCUUGAGUCCUGCUCAGCUAAUCAAGCAGAAUUGGUGGUUGCAGCCGGGACCUCGGCCAAGGCAGCGAUCUGGAUGAGGCUACUUUGUCCACGAAUGCUUCAACGCCUCCUUGUCAAACGGUACGAGAAAAGCCAAAAGGAGAAAAUGGAAUGA